AUGUCUCUAUUCAAGAAGCGUAACGUUCAGAAAAGAGGGAUUAAUAAACGGAAAAAGCCCGAAAGUACUGCAAAGUCCAUAAAGUUACGAAAUGUGCUGAAAUCAAGAAUUGAAAGUCAUAGCGAUGAUAGCGAGGAGGAAGAGGAAGAUCUUCAACCAUUAAAAGUUGGCUUUAUACGAAAUGGUGUCCGUGAUGUGCAUCAAGGGAGCAAUGUUGGAAAAGAUCAGUUAAGGAGCAUAAGAAAGGAUGAGAAUGAUAAAGAUUCGACUGAUAACUCUAAGAAAGACAAGGACGCCAAAUUUGCUAAUAAAAAGCCUGUUAGUAAAUUAUUCGAUCCUGACCGAUUGGCCGAGGAUGAAUUAAAGGCGAGAAAAGAGCAAGAAAGCUUACAGAAAGCCCUUAAAAUGCCGCAAAAGAGAGAUAAGGCGGGAGAUAAGAUUUACAAUGGUAGUCUGAAUGGAAAAAAGGUGGACAGGUGGAAACCAUCAUCGAUCCACAUCAAGGCUAACAAUGCUGUUGAUUAUGAGCGUGAUGUGUGUAAGGAUUUCCUCUUGAAUGGAUAUUGUGGGUUUGGAGACAGCUGCAAGUUUCUUCAUUACAGGGAAGAAUACACACCUGUCAAGGAGAAAAAGUCUAGGGAGUGGGAAGAUGUGGCAAAACGGCACAAGAAAUUUUGA